AUGGGGAACUUCGAUGGAAAGUUCAUUGAAACAUUACCAGGGGAUGGUGAGAUUAGAUAUACAUCGGGUCUAAUGGUUCUUGUCCUUCAUUCGAAUAAGUUCAAAGGAAGUAUUCCUCUUGAACUCUGCCACCUUGAUUCCCUUCAAAUCCUGGACUUGGGAAACAACAAUCUCUCUGGAACCAUUCCCAGAUGCUUUGGUAAUUUCAGCAGCAUGAUCAAACAAUCAAAUUCAAGUUCCCCCUUUCCUUUUCAUAAUGCACGUCAUUUUGAUUCGGAAUCAACCGACACAGCAACGCUGGUUAUGAAAGGAGUAGGCAACACUCUUGGCCUCCUAGUUGGCAUAGACCUCUCAAGGAAUAAGUUCUCUGGUGAGAUCUCAGAAGAACUCACAGGUCUCCAUGGAUUGAUAUUCUUGAACCUGUCUAAUAACCAUCUCCAAGGGAAGAUUCCUAUGAAGAUUGGGGCCUUGACAUCACUGGAGUCUCUUGAUCUCUCCAUGAAUAGACUUUCUGGUGUUAUUCCUCAAGGUAUGGCAAACAUAUCAUUUUUGAGCCAUUUAAAUUUGUCAGACAACAACUUCUCUGGCAAAAUUCCAUCAGGCACCCAGAUCCAAGGCUUUAGUCCCCUCAGUUUUAUUGGCAACCCGAAGCUUUGUGGAGCUCCAUUGACUGAUGGUUGUGGUGAAGAUGGUAAGCCAAAGGGUCCAGUUCCAGACGAUGAUGAUGAAGAGGACAAUGGAUGGAUUGAUAUAAAAUGGUUCUAUUUGGAUGCUUGUGCUGGAGAUUAUGCACAACAAAGCCAAAUAUCGGGCAAUGUUAAUGAAGAUGAUGAAUGGAUCGAAAUGAAGUGGUUCUAUCUGAGCAUGCCAUUGGGGUCUGUGGUGGGUUUUUGGCCUGUUUUGGGUCAUACUUGA